CUCUGGAAUUUGCAGCAGCUGAGUCAGGCACUGCCCUUGGCAUUCCUGCUAGGCAGGGGUGUCCAUGGGAAUGGGGUGUCCAAGCUUCCCUGGGACCUGUGGGGCUAUGGGCAAAGCAGUCCAUGGGAAAGGGGAAUGAGCUGAGCCCCUCCCUGAGAUCCCCUCAUGGGCACAGCCUGGGAUCUCCUUGCUGUGCCCUUCCCAGCUCUGAGCUGCCCUCCUGGGUGCAGAUCUGUGCCAGAGCCUCUGGGAGCUCCCUGAAUGUCCCACGGGGAAGUGCAGAGCUGCCACAGCUGAGGAAAUGCUGCUGGGCUGGCCAAGGGAGCCGUGAGUGUCCUUGGAACAAGGGGGUGCUGAGACCUUGCCCAGAGAUCUUUGGAGAGGCUGAGACAUUCAGCGAUCCCUCUGCUCUGGGCAGGGUCUGGUUUAUCCCAGGGUGAGCUGGGAGUGUGAUCGUGCUCUGAUUGCAGCCAACGGUUUUCCCAGAGCAGGAACAAGGGUAGGUGCGUCCCAGCAGGACAGUCUACAGGGAAUGGCUCAGGUUUGGCUCCAAGCAGCCUCUCCUGACUUGUCCCUGUCCUUUCUCCAUGAACAGGUGCCCAUGUGCAGCCACAGCAAAUGUCCAACAGCAGCUCCAUCAGCCACUUCCUCCUGCUGGCACUGGCAGACACGCGGCAGCUGCAGCUCCUGCACUUCUGCCUCUUCCUGGGCAUCUCCCUGGCUGCCCUCCUGGGCAACGGCCUCAUCAUCAGCGCCGUAGCCUGCGGCCACCACCUGCACACGCCCAUGUUCUUCUUCCUGCUCCACCUGGCCCUCAGCGACCUGGGCUCCAUCUGCACCACUGUCCCCAAAGCCCUGCACAAUUCCCUCUGGGACACCAGGGACAUCUCCUACACAGGAUGUGCUGCUCAGCUCUUUUUCCUUCUGAUCUUCAUGUCAGCAGAGUAUUUCCUCCUGACCAUCAUGUGCUACGACCGCUACGUGUCCAUCUGCAAACCCCUGCACUACGGGACCCUCCUGGGCAGCAGAGCUUGUGCCCACAUGGCAGCAGCUGCCUGGGCCAGUGCCUUUCUCAAUGCUCUCAUGCUCACAGCCAAUACAUUUUCCCUGCCCCUGUGCCAUGGCAAUGCCCUGGGCCAGUUCUUCUGUGAAAUCCCCCAGAUCCUCAAACUCUCCUGCUCCAAAUCCUACCUCAGGGAACACUGGGUUCUUGUGGUUACUGUCAGUUCAUCGUUGUGUUGUUUUGUGUUCAUUGUUUUCUCCUAUGUGCAGAUCUUCAGGGUCGUACUGAGGAUCCCCUCUGAGCAGGGACGGCACAAAGCCUUUUCCACCUGCCUCCCUCACCUGGCCGUGGUCUCUCUGUUCCUCAGCACUGCAGUGUUUGCUCACCUGAAGUCUCCCUCCAUGUCCUCCCCAUCCCUGGAUCUGGCCCUGUCAGUUCUGUACUCGGUGCUGCCUCCAGCCCUGAACCCCCUCAUCUACAGCCUGAGGAACCAGGAGCUCAAGGCUGCAGUGUGGACACUGAUGACUGGAUGCUUUCAGGAACAUUAAACUGCUGGCCAAUUUCUGCAAAUCACUUGUAAUAAAAGUCAUCUUUGAUA